AUGAUGUCCAUCGACCGAAAGUCUUUGCUUAAAGCAAAUGAGGAGCUGAACGCGCAAGUUCUAAAUGCGAAAAAAGCUGCAUUUGAAGUAGACACUCUGCUUCGCGAGAAAGACAGGGAAUUAAAAGAACAGCUGGAGGCAAACGAAGCUUUAAAGAAAAAUAUCACCACUCUGGAGCACGAAAAGACCACCUUGAAGAGCGAAAAGAUGGCCUUAGAGAUAGAAAAGACCGCCUUGGAGAUAGAAAAGACCGCCUUGGAGAUGGAAAAGACCGUCUUGGAGAACGAAAAGACAGCCUUGGAGAGGAAAAAGAUAGAAAAGACCGCCUUGGAGAAUGAAAAGACGGCCUUGAAGAACGAAAAGACCGCCUUGGAGAACGAGAAGACGGCCUUGGAGAACAAAAAGACCGCCUUGGAAGAGAGAAGCAUAAACUUGGAGCAUGAAAAGACAGCCUUGGAGGAGAAAAUCACCAUCUAUGAUCACACAAACAUGAUCUGGAAAGAGGAAAACACCGCCCUCAAGCUGAAAAGAGACGUCUUGGAGCAGACAAACACCGCCUUGGCGCACAUAAACUCCACCCUCGAGCAGGAAAAGACUGCCUUGGAGGAGGAAAACACUACUCUUAAGGUGAAAAACACCGCUCUGGAGCAGAAAAGUGACGAAUUGGAGCAAAUAAACACUGUAUUGGAGGAGGAAAACACCUCUCUGAAGGUGAAAAACACCGCUCUGGAGCAGAAUAGUGACAUCUUGGAGCAAAUAAACACUGUCUUGAAAGAGGAAAACACCACUCUGAAGAUGAGAAGCGCAGCUCUGGAGCAGAAAAGUGACGUCUUGGAGCAGAAAAACACAACCUUGGCGGAAAUAAACACCACCCUUGAGCUAGAAAUUAAUGCCUUGAAAGAGAAAAACACCACUCUGAAGGUCAAAAACACACUCUGGAGCAGAAAAGUGCCAUCUUGGAGCAGACAAACACCGCCUUGGCGCAUAUAAAUACCAACCUUAAGCAUGAAAACACCGCCCUGAAUAAGGGAAAGACCGCCUUAGAGGAGGAAAAUAAUGCCCUGACGCUGAAAAGCACCACUCUGGAGAAGAAAAGAACCACCUUGGAGAGGAAAACCACGGCCUUGGAGCAAAUAAAUGCUAUCCUCAAACAGGAAGUCACUGCCCAGGGACAGAAAAUCACCGCUUUAGAGGAGGAAAAAAGCUCCCUGGAAAAGGAAAACUCCACCCUGAAGAUGAGAAGCACCACCCUGGAGAAGAAAAUAACCAUCUCGGAGAAGAAUAAAACCAUCUUGAAGAGGAAAUCCACAGCCUUGGAGGAAAUAAAAGCCAUCCUCAUGCAUGCAGUCACCGACCGGGGGCAGAAAAUCACCACUUUAGAGGAGGAAAAAAGCUCCCUGGAGGAGGAAAACUCCACCCUGAAGCUGGAAAUCGAUGCCUUGAUGAAAUAUAGCACCAACCUGGAGUUGAAAAGCAAGACCCUGGAAGAGAUAACCAGUGCUUUAGAGGAAAUGAACACCGCCUUUGAACUGGAAAACACCGCCCUGAAGCUGCAAAA